AGCUGGAUCUGCGUAAUGACGCAGCAGGAUGAAGCCUGCGUGCGUAAAGCGCCGCGGCUGCAGAAGGAAAUCAACUCUGGGCUUCUUGAUGGAAGCCAGAAACUCUGCGGGUUCAGCUGAUCUGAGGAGAAGGUUCUAGUUUAUCAAGGUCUAUGUGGAUCGCUGCACUGAGUCAUUUCCGCCUUAGAAGUUCGAUCCGACAAACAGCAGCAGGUUUUAUUCCUUCAUUCCUGGAGGUAAAUAUCUGAUUAAACUCCCCAUUAAGCAGAGAUUAUGGUUUGAUCCGGAAAUAAACCCCACCAGGCUCUCCGGUUGGUUCCUUCCUGGAAGUUUGCGCAACAAGGAAUAUUUGGUGAGAACUUUAUGGAUACUUUCCCACUGGAUAAAGAAUCCAGAAUAAUCCGGAAUUAUCCUCUUUCCUGACAAAGAAUCAGUGAAGCGGAUCAGAACCAGAGGAAAGUUCUGGUUCCGAAAGUUCUGAGUGAGCAGCUCAGAUUCUUCCGUUUCCUGAACUCAUAGGCCCUCCUCCUCCUCCUCCUCCUCCUCCUCCUCCGGAUAUCGUCUCCCCCGCAGCUGUCGGUCCUCCUCCUCCUUCUGGUCCGGACCGGACCGGACCGGGCCGCAGGGGGACCCGGUCGGAACCGCUGGCGGCGAUGCGGCAGUGGAAGAAGCUGCUGCUGGCCUCCGUCCUGCUGCUCUCCGCGCUCCUCCUGCUGGGUUCGGUCAGACAGCCCGCCGAACCGCACCUCCUCCCCGCAGAGGAGUACCGCCUGAUCUCCCCGCUCACCUACCGGUACCUGCUGAGCCCCCCCGGGCCGUGCCGGGACAGCAGCCCCUUCCUGGUGCUCCUGGUUCCGGUGGCGCCUCAGCAGGCGGCGGCCCGGCGGGCCGUGAGGGGGACGUGGGGGGCCCCCAGGGUGGGCACCCUGACCCUGUUCUUCUCGGGGAUCCCAGCGGAGGGGCUGCAGUCUCCCCAGCAGAGGGCGCUGGAGGAGGAGAGCGCGCAGCAUGCAGACAUCAUCCAGAUGGACUUCCUGGACAGCUACCAGAACCUGACCAUCAAGACCCUGAUGAUGAUGGGCUGGCUGGGGACCCACUGCCCCGGGGCCCCCUACGCCAUGAAGGUGGACUCUGACAUCUUCCUCAACAUCUUCCACCUCCUCCGGCGCCUCCGGACCGCCCCCAGGGCGGGCUUCAUCACCGGCUCCGUCAUCAGCGACGGCCGGCCCCGGAGGGACCCCAGCAGCAAGUGGUUCCUGUCGGAGCGGCUCUUCCCGGAGGAGCGCUUCCCCCCCUACGUGUCCGGAGCCGCCUACGUCUUCUCCUCCGACAUGGCGCCCCGCAUCUCCUGGGCCUCCAGGUUCGUGCGUCCGAUUCCUCUGGAGGACGUCUACGUGGGUCUGUGUCUGCGGCUGCUGGGGGUCCGGCCGGUCUACUCCCUCAGCCUGCCGCUCUUCAGGAACCUCUUCCAGCUGCAGAAGCUGCAGUAUGACCGCUGCAGCUUCUCCAGGAUCAUCAUCGUUAACGGCUUCCAGCCGGCAGAGCUGCUGCGGAUCUGGCCGGACUUCUCUGCAGGUCAGGCGGCCUGCCUGUAGCUGCAGGGGGGGUUAGCUGGAGGAACACAGUCAGGAGAUCCUGAGAGGAACCUUUUCAGGACAUCAAAGAAGAAGAAUCACAACAACAACUAUUAUUAUUAUUAUUAUUAUUAUUAUUAUUAUUAUCAGUAAAAGCUGAAAAUGUUUGGAUCCUUUAGAACUUUGUUCUGGAUUCUGUUUGUUUUAAGCUGAGAUGAAUCAGGAGGUCUGGACCUCAGGGACCUGAUGGAUCUGGACCUGAUGGUUCCGAGUCAGAUGAGUUCUGGUUCCAGGUCAGCGUGCCUUUCUGCUGCUGCAGGGAUUUUUUACCAAAGAUGGACCUGAUGGUUCCAGGUCAGAUUGGUUCUGGAUCUGAUGGUUCUGGACCUGAUGGCUCCGGGUCAGAUUGGUUCUGGACCUGAUGGUUCUGGACCUGAUGGUUCCGGGUCAGAUCGGUUCUGGACCUGAUGGUUCUGGACCUGAUGGCUCUGGGUCAGAUUGGUUCUGGACCUGAUGGUUCCGGGUCAGAUUGGUUCUGGACCUGAUGGUUCUGGACCUGAUGGUUCCGGGUCAGAUCGGUUCUGGACCUGAUGGUUCUGGACCUGAUGGCUCUGGGUCAGAUUGGUUCUGGACCUGAUGGUUCCGGGUCAGAUUGGUUCUGGACCUGAUGGUUCUGGACCUGAUGGUUCCGGGUCAGAUCGGUUCUGGACCGUCUCAGUGCCUCACUAGUUCUCUGAUCUCCAUGCUGGGCCUCAUGGAGGACCGGGUCCGGCUUGGUUCUGUUAUCUGUGGACCGGUACCGGUACCUGAACGUGCUGCUGGUCAGGGCCGGUACCGGGAGUUCUGGGCCCCGUGGAAACAUGUGGAACCGGGGCCCCCAGACCCCCCCACUGUUUUCUAUAUAAUUAUGCAGUUUGAUUUCAUUUCCUUAUCUGAGAAAAAAAUCUAAAUAAGUUUAUUAAAAGUUUAUUAAACUUUGAUUUAAUCCAGAUAUUUGCUGCAGGAGAGAUUUUAUUAUUUUUAUAGGUGGGAUGUUUUCACUGUGGUCUUCAGUAGGUGCCUAAACUCUGACUUCCAACACUGAUCUAUGUGUUCUAUAUCUAGGAUUAAACGGUGGGAGGUCUGUCAGUCCUGCUGCUUCUGGAGGGUCUAGAUGAUGAUGAUGAUGAUAAUGAUGAUGAUAAUGAUGAUGAUGAGGAGGAGGAGGAGUGACUGUAGGGCAGCAGGUUCCAUUUCCUGUCUCUGUCGAUGGGAAACCAGGAAGCAGCUGAAUGUCUUCCUGCUGAUUGGCUGCUUAGAGCGUAGAGAUGUAACUACAUAGAUCCGCUCCUUUUUCCUGUCUGGAAUAGAAGCACUCAGUGUGUUGGACUGAUUAUCCCUAUGAAGGGGUUCUAGCAGGAGGCCCAGCAUGCUGGAGAAAACAUAGAUCUAUGUGUCCUAGAAUAUCUAAACUAACUUGCCUUCACUGAUUCUACUGCUGCUUUGCCGACUGGUGGCGUACUUCCUGCAGAGCGCCAACAGGGGGCAGUGUACGCUAAAUGAUAAAGAUAGACUGCCUUCUAGAAGUGCUGCCUUCAGUCUAACUGAAGCAGAUCUAUGUUGCUAUGGCUAACCCUGUCUUGAUGUGCUGUAAACCAAAAAGCUGAGCUAUUUCUACCUCAGAGGGAGGACCGCCUCCAUCAGACGGCGUCCUGAUGAUGUCAUCGACCAGCUGCUGCUUUCUAACUGAAUAAACUCUGUUUAAAAAGCUUUUCCUGCUUCAUCCUUGAUGAGUCGAGAUGUAAAUAAAUUAUUUUCUUUCCCAGUUUGCUCCCAUGAUGAGAAACUUUCUCCUCUUCAGUAGUUUUUGCUGCUGCUUCACUCUAGGAUAGAAAGAUGAGGCAUAGAUUGGUCUGCAGCAGCCUGAUGAUCCCAGGAAAACAGACCCAAACACUUCCUCUGGUUUUUGCACGGAGGAGUCUGGUGAUGCUGUGGGGGGCGCUGACCUGACUGCACCUCAGAGGCUCCUCUGGCUCCUCCCCUUCAGGUCAGACCGGCCCGCUGCUCGGAGCAUCCAGAACCUUCCUCUGAUUGGAUGACGGCAGCUGGGAGGAGCUUCCUGGUGAGCAGGAAGGUCAGCAGAGCUGAGAUCUUUGGGGGCCUGGAUUUCACCCGGGGGGGUCAAACCUUCAUCAGACGGGCUGCAAUCUGUGGAGCGGAUGAAUCUGACCGGAUCGGAUGAAUGAAUGAAGAUAAACAGCUUUAAUGGCGGCUGAUGAUCACAGCAGCAGAACCAGUGAGCGGCUCCAGAACCAGCAGCCUCACCAGUCUCAGCCCAGUGGCAGAUCCAGAGAUCCAGUAGCGCAGCGUUACUCAGCUCCUCCAGUGGAUGGCGCUGUGCUGCAGUGAACUGAUCUGGAUCCUCAGCUUCCACUGGAAAAACCUGGGAAUGACUGAAUGACAGGAAGGGGCAGAGGGGUCAGAGGUCACAGUGAGGGGUCCAACAGCCCCCCCCCCCCAACUCAUGUAAAUGCUGAUUGUGUUUUCCAGAUCUCUGCUCUAUUAAUAAAGCUCUAUAAAUUUA